ACCCUUUUUUUUUAUAUAUAUAUUACUGACCCUCGAGAAUGUCCCAGUACCAGUACAAUUAUAUUAUCAAGUAUAUCAUUAUUGGUGACACUGGUGUUGGAAAGUCGUGCAUCUUGUUACAAUUCACAGACAAGAGAUUUAUGCCAGCUCAUGACCUAACUAUUGGUGUUGGUUUUGGUACCCGUUUCGUUACAGUCGAUGGGCAACAAAUAAAGUUACAAAUCUGGGAUACCGCUGGACAAGAGUCAUUUAGAUCUAUUACAAGAAGUUAUUAUAGAGGUGCUGCUGGUGCAUUAUUAGUUUAUGAUAUCACAAGAAGAGACACUUUUAAAAACCUGCCUGUUUGGUUGGAAGAUGUUCGUCAGCACGCAAACCCUAAUACAGUUAUUAUGCUAAUUGGUAAUAAAGUCGACUUAGAAAAGAAUAGAGAGGUAUCAAGAGAAGAAGCAGAGAAAUUUGCUAUGGAGAAUAACUUGUUCUUUUUGGAAACAUCAGCAAAAUUGUCUGAUAAUGUAGAGAAGGCCUUCACUAAAACUGCAGAGGAAAUUAAACAAAAGAUACAGGAUGGUGUCAUCGAUAUGAAUAGCGAAACAAACGGUAUAAAAUUAGCUCCUCAAGGUGCCUCUUCUUUACCUUCUGCCAAUGCGGCUUCCAGCAGUGGUGGCUGCUGUUAAAGUACAUAUAUAUUUUGAAAAAAAAAGAAAAGAAUCUAUUGAUAUCUACACAUAUUUUUUUUUGUCUGUUUAAAUUAUAAUAAACAUUUUACCCUUUCCUCUCUUUU